AAAGGCACCACAUCUGAAUUCUGGGGUUAGUCAAAGCACAAUGACAAAGCCUCCUGAGGUGGGGAAGAGGAGAGGGGAGAGUGAGUAGUGAAGGGAAGAAGACUGACGCACUUUCUGCUGGUGGGAGGGGAACUCGGGGCCCGAGCCCACUGGUGACGUUUCCCUCACGUGAUCAGGAGCUGACGAGCGAAGAAGUUCCUCUCUUCCAGGUACCAGCUCCCCAUUUCCGUGGAAAAAGGCAGAAUUCAGACUGAGGGACAGAGGGGGCGAUGGCUCCAUAACCCUGCAGGUCUUCAGUUUGGUGGUUGUAGGCACUAACCAGGACAAGAAAAGAAGAGAUCUCUAGUUUCAGUGCACAUCAGUGGGAGAAGGCGAAAGAGGAAAACUCUCAAUAUGGAAAAGUUCUACAUAGAAAAUAAAGGAAAGCCAGAAAAUGAGGGAAAGGCAGAAGACAAAAUAGAGCCUGAAGAUGAAGCAAAGACAGAAGAGGAAGCAAAACCAGACUUGGAGGGGAAGCUAGCGCAUGAGGGAAAGCUGGAAGGCGAAAGACAGCCAGGUGUAGAGGUGCAAGGGGAAGAUGAGGGCAAGCCACAAAUAGAAGGCACGUCCAAGAAUGGGAGCAAGCCACAGGGUGAGAGCACACCAGAAUCCCAGGUCCAGCCAUCCAGUGAGCAGCAGCCCACUGGAAAGUGCCCUGCAGAAGAUUAUGUGCCCCGGAAAGCAAAAAGAAAAACGAAUAGGGGAACAGAAGAUUCCCCCAGGGACUCCCAGGAGAAUUUCCAGGACAGGCAUUUGAGCAGUGAGGAGAUGAUGACACAGUGUGCAGAUGUGUCAAGGGCUCAGGAAGAACUAAGGAAAAAACAGAGGAUGAGUAAUUUUCACUGGAUGCAAAGAGAGCUGCUGGAUGCGUACCCCUCAAGGGUCCCAAGGGGUGUAAGGGCAGUGAGGGGUGGGAGUAGGAGUCAGAAGGAUCUAGAAGACCUUCCAUAUGUUUAAUGGUUUUGACCUUGAAUGAUGAUUUCUCUGAUAGAAAUAUUGCCAGCUCUGCUUUCCCAGGCAGGCAUUUGCCUGGCUAUAUGCUUUAACCUUAUGUUAGUACUUCGCUCUUGUUGCCUCAGCUUUUCAAACUAAGUACAGCAUUGUCUUUUACCACUGGAUUUUCACCCAUGUGUGUUAAAGAGAUGUUCAUAGUACACUGUAAAAUAAUAAUAAAAGACAGUUUUCAGGACCACAUAUACAGUAUCAGCCAGGUUUUUCUUUAAAAAAAAAAUACAGUUACAUAAUAGAUCUAUUUAAAGGGAAUACUAUGCAACUGAGUACCCCAAAGAAAAUAAUGAUUUUCUCGGGGAUGAAAUAGAAGAGAUUAUUUGGUUUUUAUCUAUACUUUCCCCCCAUGAAAAACAGAUUACUUUUAUCAGAAAGGAAAUAAAAGAUAAACAAAAUAAGAAACCAAUACAUACUAGGCAACAAAAGAACUAUUGGUUGGGCUUAUGAAGGCAGUGGAGAGAUUUAAAAUUCUUGUCAGAAUACAAAAUGAUAGAUAAAACUCACAUUCCCUCUGAGACUCUGGAAGUGGGCGGAAUCAACACGAUAGUUCCUGCAGAUCUAUUGCGGUAAAGGACAACCUUCUCAUCUCUGAACUGGGGAUAAAACUUACUCCCCAGGACUGUGAAGUAGACCAGAUAUGACACUGAAUGCAAGAACUGUGCUGAGCUGGCUUCUACUCUCCGCUUUCUGUUAGCAGUACUGGAUCGGAAUCUUGAGGGGGCGUUGAGGGACAUCUCACGUGUGCCCAGCAAUAGGUCUAGGAAGGUGAGAGAUGGAUGCCACCCUCCCCCAGGUAAUGCCAUAUAUGCUGAGUAUGUAUGAGUAUAUAUAUGUCCUCCUUGUCUAGGGCCCUGUAUCUGCCUAAGGUCCCCACUGCUGUUGCGGGGCUGGAGUCCUGAAAGUAACAAAGCCCUUUCUCACUACAUUACCUUCUGAAUUGUGCAGAAUGUCCCUAUUAUAACGUUAGAUUUACAUUAACCCUGACAUGAGAUGUGGAAAAAAAAUGCUUUUCAAAAUCUUAACUGUUAUUUUUCUUUUUUUUUAUUUUAGAAAUAAAAGGAGGAAAAUACUA